GAGUGACACCGGGAGCCCUGGAAACACACCGACCUCCGUUAUCCAGCAGUCAUGGCUGACGUUCCCGCGGUAAUAAACAUCGCCGUUUCGUUGAAAAUCCAGCCCAAUGACGGACCCGUGUUUUAUAAGGUGGACGGGACGAGGUUCGGACAGACCAGGACGAUCAAAUUGCUGACGGGAUCGAAAUACAAAAUCGAGGUGAUCACGAAACCGGGCAGCGCCGAGGCCACCACGAUGGGGAUCGGAGGAAAGACCUUCCCGCUGGAGGAGCAGUCCAGAGAUGAAGAGCAGAUCGUGUACAUCGGCAACUACGACACUGAGGGCGUCCCGCACACCAAGAGUGGAGACAGACAACCUGUGCAGGUCUCCAUCGAGUUCAAAGACGCCGGGAUGUUCGAAACCGUCUGGCAAGUGAAAUACUACAACUACUACAAGAGAGAGCACUGCAACUUCGGCAACAGCUUCAACUGCAUCGAGUACGAGGCCAAACCCAACGAGACCCGCAGCCUCAUGUGGAUAAACAAAGAGGUCUUCCAGUAAAACACCAGCACCAGCGAAAACACCCCGAAUAACCAUCGCUGUGUGUGAGACCGACAGCAUCAGUCAAAGAAACUGAAUAUUACAAGCUCCACACAAGCGAUCCGUCAGGGUAUCAAUUCACAAACUCAAGCAAUGCGUCUAUUCGUUCAACCACAGGUCAUGCAUGAUAUACAAACAUUUAUUUAUGGCUCUUUGAAAAUAAUAACAAGGGAACAAAAUGGAGAUAUGUGUGAACGUUUGGGUGAAUAUCUUCAUGGGGAUGGCGUUUUAAUCUUUUGGCUGUAUACCUGAUCGAUUAUGGUUACAAAAACGAAACUCGGAUGAGAAAACAGCUUGUGUUUAACUCUGUGAUUUUCUGUUUUAGAGACGGGCAGUGCAAUGCUUGCUCAAAGCUUGCUCGAUGCUUGCUCAAAAAAAGGUGCUGUAUGAACGUACACAGGCUCUACGUGGCAAUCUACAUUAGUAUUUAUGAUAUACUAUUAUAAAAGGCAGGUGGGUUAAUAUUGAGCGAUUAUUUAUUUGUGAAAGGUGCGUUUCUGUAUGGUGUGAAUGGAUGUUUGUUGAUUUCCCAUUGUGUGUUGGUGUUGUAGCUAUAUUUAUUAAACUGCUGCCUAUUUCUUCACAGAAGCAUUAGUUCACUGGAAUGAAGUUAGUUCUGGUUUUUUUUUUUAUGUUUAAUUUAAUUCUCUGCCUAUUUUGAAUCUUGUAUUGGUUGUUUGUUUGCUCGUGCGGUGCCUAUGUGUGAUUUUUCUGUGACUUUGAGCCAAACUUUUGACUUUUUGUAAGAAUAUAAAUGACCUCGUUGAUUGAUGUUCUGUUCUGUUUUAAUAAAUACACUGCAGU